GUUUUGAAUCGAUAAAGGCCGCGAAAACCUCGACGCCGUCCCUGUGCGUACAUAUCACCAGAAAGAGGAAUAAGGAAAUAACCACGAUAUUGAUUAGUGAGUAGGUAACCUUUUAACAGCGGCACAGUGUGCGAUGUUUGAGAAACAAUAAUUGACAACAUGAACAACAAUCGGUCGAAGCUGCUCCCACAACAAUCGUCGAAAUAAGGUGAAGCAAUAUUUCGGUGAAAUAUGCGAAAAUACAGCAGUGGGGAGGAAAAGUUGUACAUAAACAGUUUGUGUGUUAGUGGAAGCAGUAUAAAACUUUUGAACCCGACAAACAAGUGUUACAUCAACAAAACGAUCAAGAUAACGUUGGAUGCCGACGUCGUGGACCAGGAAGCCACCGCCGAUAGCAAAAAUAAAAUCGUGGAUUUUAAAAAAAGUGACAAAGUGCGGAGACAACCUCUAAAUCUCAACAUAACCGACUACAAAAAUUCGAAAGUGUGCAGUAAACAACUUAGACAGAUCUACGAAACCGUAGAAAUACAGGAUUUUGAAAGGAUUCUAAACAACCUGCAGAGAAGUAAUGCCUCUCAUAACUUAGUGACUAACAAAGUGGAUAAAAUCCUUAAGAAAAUAGAUGCUGAUGAUAUUUACGAAGAGUAUUUCGGUCAGUAUUACAAUCAUUUAUACGACUUGAUAGAAACGAGUUAAACCUGCGUCAUGGUUCUUAUAAACAAAUUGCUACGAUAAUUUGUUAAUAAAUAAACAAGGCUCUUAUUUGCAAUUUGGUUUAUUACGCUUUAUUAAAGGACGGUAGUUGGUAGUUCGUUGUUCGUAAAGUGCCGUACUAGCUGUAGACUGUUUGUUGUUUUCAGUGUCGUAACAAAUCUACGUACGUAUCGAGAAUAUGCCUUGCAGCUUCUUGCCUUAAAUUAUUCGCAAAAACACCACCCUACAUGCUUGCAAAAGUCGUUUUACUGUGAUACAAUACAGGGUGUUUAUUAUAACGAUGGAUUGUAAAAAUAUGCCAAAUGUCAACCCGCCGAUGUCCACCAGGGAGUUAGACAGGAAACUUCUUCGGGAGACACUCUACUCCGAAAUUUUCCAAAAACACAGAAGGUCCAUCUUCGCUUUGGGCUCUUUCCUCCGGAUGCUGAAGACGAAGAAAUCCAACUAUAACGUGAUCAAACAAGACGGUGAGUCUGAAUAGCAAUCAGGUUCUUCAUUCGUCGGUUACUCGAGUUUUUUACCAUGUGAUUAUUAGUUUUUAAGAACUUUUUUCACUGUAAUCAUUGUAUAAAAAAGAUACUGUAGAUCUUUAGAUGGAAUCCGAUGCGUAAUGGACUUUUUUUACGUAUGUAUUUAUAAAUUAUUAUUGUGUAGUUUUUGUACACCUUAUACCUCCUUUUGCUUGAUGAAUAUACACAGAGGGAUAAAAAUGAAAUUUGUAUUAAAGAGAUGUGUUGUUAGUAAAUAUUUGCCAAUAUUGGAUCACUUAUAAUUGGCGCAACGACUGAUAUUAUAUAAUUAUUGUGCUGAUUCAAAGAUUUAAAAUGGAGUUAUUGUUGGGCAAGAGUAUAAAAAAUAAAAUAAAGUAUUUAAAAUGUU